AUGAACGGCUCCCUCUCGCGCGGGCGCCAGAGCGUCUGGGCACUCCUCGACAACCUGCGCAUCAAGUCGCUCAUGUCUUCCGGGAACGCGAGCUCCGCGGAAGGCUCGGACGGCAGCGCAGAUGAGUCGGACAUCACAAUGGAAGACGAUGACAGCGUUAUGUUCUAUGCGCCGCUCAUACCGAAUGCGGCCUCUACAGUCGAGCUGGCGCGCUCGGAGAUCGUCUCGGUCGACGAGAACGGCACCAUUGUGGAUGUUAUACUCGACGAUGCGCCGCUUCCGGGUGUCGCGCCACCUAAAACGGGCUUCGGCAAGAUCUGGCCAUUCUCGAGUGGAACAAGUACGCCGACGCCGACACCGACACCGAAGCCCAAAGUUCUUACAGAGAAAAGGGUCUGGGUGCCUUCCACUACCCAGUUGUCUCUACAGGUUAUGUGGUGGGGAUAUCGAUUGUGGCUUCCCCCCUCUAUCAUGAACUUGCUCAACGACAAGGAGAUCGAAGCUGCCAAACUCAGCGCAAUGAUAACGUCCGCACUCACAUGGCUGCUCAACAACGUACCCAACAGCGCGCUCCCGUCGACGCUGCGCCCCGCACUUGCACUCGUCAAAAGUCUUGUACCAUACUUGGGCUACAUCGGCGGGUUCGUCGCAUGGAGCUGGGGUGCCAUCAAGGGCUUCGACAUCGGCAACGGCGUCACGCUCACCGCGACUUGGCUCCUGCCCAUCGCGCUCAUACCGGGCACUUGGGAGGACAGCGAUGUGCCUCAACCGCCGGCCCCGAGUUCUGGCGAUCCGUCCGCUCCGGGAUCGAGUUCGCCCCCGCCCAGUGGGGAUCCGUCAUCUAGCCCAUCUAGUCCGAGCGGAGGCUCGUCGAUGCCCCCUGCUCCGACUCCUCCAGCGACCGCUCCGCCGACACCGGGAGCACCGGUUGGAGGUUCUUCCUAG